UCGGGCCGCGUGGCUGCUCCCGCUGCCCGUACGCGGGGAGGAAUGCGCGCCGGGGGCCGUCUCCGCCCUGAGCCGGGCAGAGGCAGCGCGGGUUGCCGCGGGUGGUACCCGGCGGCAGCGGGGGAAGCCUGAGCCGCCCCUCGCUCCGCACGCUGGGGUGAGCGGCUGGCCCCGCGGCAGGCCAGCGCCCCUGCCCUGCAGUUCCCGUCUCCCGCCGGACGAAGCUGCGGGACGUGUUCCUCGUCUCGUGCAUGUUUGGAGUUCUCCACGAUGUACUCGCGGCUUUUCUCUCUCGACUCCUUCUGAGCAGCGCAUCGCCCCUGAGCUGCUAGGAGGAAAAUACAGUUUGGAAGUACGGGCAAGCUUUCUCUAGAAAUGCGUGGAAAAGCCACUGUUUGCUGUUCUGUGCAAAUAAUGAUUAUGGUUACGUAGAGGUCUAGUAAGAAUGGAGAUUAAGCUAGAUGUGCUCAUCUCUACGUGUAUCAAGCAAAGAAAACCAUGGCCCCGCGUAUCAUGGGUUGGACAGGAAAAAGAGGCUGUUUUUCUUCUAGAUGGUAAACAUAUAAAUGAAAUUAACUUGUCGUCAGGGAAGACAAGGAAGAAAAUCCCUUCACUGCAGUCAUUGUUGAAGAAUGUGGUUGUCUUAACAACAUCAGGAAAUGCUGCUUGGUUGGCAGGAAUACUUACAACAGGAGAGCUCUUUCUUUGGAAUAAAGAUCAGGACUGCUUGAAAGUUGUACCAGCAAUCAAAGAGUCCAAGAAAGUAGUAGCAGGAGCACAAGAGUGUUUAAUGAGGUUGUACUUGUAUGUAUCUGGAGAUGGCAGAAAGGUACUGUUAACUACUCCUACAGCAUGUGCCUUUUUGUGGGAGAGCACAGAACAUGAAAACUCAGCCUCUGGUAAAAACUCUCCUUCUGGGCGUUGGACACAAGUUUUACCUGAUGAAUCAGUCAUAUUGCCUUCUCCUGAAGAAAAAGAAAUUGGAGUGGAUGCUGCUUUCAUACAAAAUGAGGUACUAGCUGAUUGCUGUUUGUGUUCGUUUGUAUUUUACUCUGGUGAGUGUUUGGUGCUCACAUUUUUGAUUCUUCGAUGGCAUGAAAAUACCUUUAAAAAUGUUAGUUCUUUGCCAUACCAGAUCCAGUGGGUACAGCAGACUCGCUCUCUUGUUAGUUUGGUCCCUCAGUGUGCGUCUGUUAAAUCAAGAGGAGCUUUACUAUGUGCAUUUGCAAGAGAUGGACUUGUGCUUGCAGUAGCUGUAAAUCAAACUGAUCCAAAGGCAACUCAGGUUUUGUUUUUGAACACCUUGAAUUUUGUAACUGUUUCUGGUAGCCUGAAAGGUUGUAGUAGUAAAAGUAGCAUGACCCCAUCCAGGUUCAUCAGAUCUUACUGGGUUGGCGAUAUGAGUUGGACUCCUGAUAGCCUUUUCUUGGCUUGCAUGUUAAAACGUGGAUGUUUGGUUUUAUUGACAUGUAUGGGGGAAUUGCUGACCUUAAUUGCUUCUGGAUGCUCUGUAGAAUUUGGACCAGCACAGUUUAUUCCAUUUCAUCCACUAAUAACAUACAGACAGCACCAAUCUUGUUGUCGAGAUUCCAGCCAGUCUCUUGGUUCUUCAGGUUCUGAACGUGAUUUCUUGAGACAGAGAUUCUCUGUUGCUUCACAUCCAAGACUACCCUACCUGAUUGUCUCUGAUGGAUACAUGAUAACACUGCUAAGAUUUCCUAACAACUUUUCACCAUCAGGAUUUAUGAGAUCCCUUUUGCUUGAUUCAACCCAACAGCUGUUAGAAAACAUCUCUCAGAAUUUGCUGAACUUCAAGUGUAAAGGGAGAUCUCUACAAUCACUGUUGUCUUUAAAAGCCAGUCUUUUAAAACAAGUUCAAAAUCAAAGUUCUAUCUUUUCCACCAUUCCGAGAUUCCUGGAGGAGGAGGAUACAACAGAAGUUAAUGAGAAAACCAUGGAUUUGCUGGUACUUAAUAGCAUUCUUCCACUUAACGUGAAAUUAUGUACUUUCAAGGACGUUGAAGAAGAAUCAGACAAUGAAAGGCAGUUUUACAAUUGCCCUUCCAUCUUCUAUAACCAAAGAAUCUAUUCAUCUGUUGGUAAAGCUGAUGAAGGCUGCUUAGAAUUUGCAUCAAUGUUUGAUACCAUCCAUGCAGAAGACGAUAUUGAAGAGAAAGAUAAAUCAUCACUGGAACUAUAUUCCAUUCAGAAAAACCUCCUUGGUGCAUGGCAGAUAGGGAUUUCAAAAAAACUGGAAGAGAAAGAUGCAUUACUGAAUUACACAGUGAACUGCAUUAUCCAUUUUUUCAGAAUUGUUCAGUUUGUGAAAUGUACUUUGCUAAACCAGGAUGCAUUUUUGAACAAGUCUGUGAAGAAUACUCAAUGGAUGCAUUUUGUCUUGAAAUAUUUUCAGCAGUGUUUGACUGUCUUGUACUGGCAUUCAAGAGCCAGUGUGACUCGGCAUGUGGCAAAGCUUACGUUAGAAACUUUAAAACUGAUGUUUAUACAGCAACAAGAUCUGUUGUUCUCAAAAAACCUUUUGGCAUGUUUCUGUCUUUUGAAAAUGGUUUCUUAUAUCCUAAGCAGAGUAUGUGUACUACAGUAUGAGAAUUUUUUUGCCUCUCCUGACACUAAUACUCUCGUGGAACUUGACUCCCUCACUGUGCCUGUUUUCUUAGUUCUUGAUGAUAAUAGUACUCAGCAGUUUAGUUCACUGAAAUCUCUGCUUAGAGAAUGUCCUCAAGUAAACCAUGACGCAAAAACAGAAAAAAGGUUGACUGUACUAUGGCGACUAUUAUAUGAGAAAGUGGUUUGGUAUCAGGUGCAGUUGAAAAGAAAAGUGAACAGGAAUGCAGAAGAGGUUUCUAUUGUCUCAUUGCUUUUAAGUCAUAUACAAGCAACCAUUCAGUCUUCAGGAGUGACAUUAGAACAACAUUUGAAGAUUAAUUCUGUAUCUGGUGAGGAGAAGUUCCUUUUAGGCUCAUACAGAGAAGCUGUGGACAUUUGGAAAAGAUCUCUUUGUGAACUCAAAACAAAUGGAGGAAAAAGAGCAUGUUUUCUUCAGCGUAGAUACUAUCUUGCAAUAUUGUUUUGUCACCUGUAUCAAUAUAACCUGUGUGAAGCUCAGGGACUCUGCGAUCAUCUGGUAAGAGAGAUUCUAAGGCGAUCACAGCUCUCCACAGGUCAGAUGGAAGAAUUUUCUGAUACCAAGUAUUUUCAGCAUGAACUAUGGAUGGUAACCAGCAUUCAUACUGACACUGCCAUGGCUGUGAUUCGAUCCAUGGCACGAUUCAUGGCUGCUUAUUUCACAAAGCAGCUGCUCUAUAUCUUUCCUCCUCACAAUGUUGACAUCCUUCAUCCCCUUCACAUCAAACAAGACUUACCUCCUCGCAUCAUUCCACUGCAACACUGUUUGGUUACCCGAGCUGUCAAGGACCAGAAGCUUUCACCUGUGUGGACAGCUGAAUAUGCUCUUGAUUUGUUCUUUAUUGGUGGACUAAUUCCAGAGGCUGUGUGGUUAGCACACACACUUGGGGACUGGAAGCAGUCUGUGUCAAUUGGUCUUGCCUACCAGCUGUAUUGUCAGAACUCUGAUGACCUCCCAAGAAUGAAAAAACCAGAGUGUCACCUGCCAUUAAGCUUAUUACCACUGCAGACUUUUCAAGAAAAGUUACAGUCUUUGUUAGGACAGCCAGUAACUUCUGAUACAUCAGGACUUACUAAAUACAAGAAGUUCACAGAUCCCAUUGAAGAGGAAGAUGCAGAUAUUCUUUACAGUUCAAUAGAGGAACUACUGAAAGCAGCUGUUAUGGCAGAUGUUGAUAUUCUCUCAGACACAUUUCAGCUUUUGAUGGAUUCUGCCAAGGAUCUUUGCAGAAAGUUUUAUGGUUUGGUUCCUGUUGGGCUCUGUCUUCCAGCACCACCAUUGUACUGUCCUCAGCCAGCUUCUCUCAGUGAAGAAGACAAUGAUGAUGUGCUUUUAAAAACAGAGAAAGAAGUCCGUCAGAAAGUGUCAGGAGUUCUUCAGCGAAUUAUCUUGCUCUUCCGGGCUGCUCAUUGUUCUUGCUCUGCAGCACAGUGGUAUAUUACACAACUGAAGUGGGCAAGAAAAGUUAUGCAGAAAAUUCGAAAGAAAGGUUCUCUUCCUUUGCUGAGUCCAUUCCCAGAGACUUUGCUUUGUUACUGCAAUUUCCGCACUGCUCUCUAUGGAUCUACAUCUUCUGGAGCCCAUCAGUUUGAUGACAUUACCUGUAAAAUUUUAGGUUGGUUCAGAGAGUUCUGUGCAUUAUGUUGGAUGUUUCACAUUCGUGAAAAAUUAUCUGAAAACUGUAGGCGGUACCAAACUGCAAGGGAAAAUAUUAACAAUAUCAAGGAUCCGAAUACAAACAGACAUGAUACCUACACAGUCGAGCAUUGUCUGAAUGCAGUGGAGUGGGCUUGUCGAAUGCUUCCUUUCUGCAGAUUCAUGAAUGUUGAAGAAUUAGUUCAGGAUGUAAUUUUGAGUUUGCUUGGAGAAUUGCCACCAGUAAAAAAGGUGGCUGAGAUUUUUGUAAGAGCAUUUCCUAAUCCUGAAGAUAUAAGAGUUCCACUACGAGAUAAAUAUCAUGGACUUCAGCAGCGACUCAGACACAGUACUGUUAAAGUAGAUCAUGAAAGCGAAGAAAUGAUGUCUGUUGUUAUACAGUCUGCUGAAGAAGUGAGGAAGAGGGUCUUGAGACGUGUAGUAAAGAACAUAGGCCCUAUAGAAAUGAAUAUUUGGGAGCCAGUAGAAGAGGCAGCAUCAAAUGAUGAGGAACACUAUUGUGACAGAUUCUCGUUAGGCACUAGUCUAAGCACAAGCACACUUACUGAUGUUGGGAAUCCUCAGGUAUAUAAUGAUGCAGACACGGCAGACACAGUUUCAGAUGCUUUGUUUACUGAAGAAACAAGAGCUCAAACACCUUCAUUCCCAAGGGCAAAUGAACUCCAACGACAAAGGGAAGUAGGUGGUAAAAAUACCACACGCAAGAUAAAAGCUCCUAACUGUAAAACAAAACAUGAAUUGUGUAGGAGAGAUAGGCUUAAUGAACAUAAUUUGCCUGUAGUUGGUGUAUGGGAAUUUGAACGUGAUGAUGAUGAGUAUGUUGGAUUUUUAGAACUCUUCUUGAGUUAUGUUCUUGAGAGAGACCUGAUAAAGUACAGUGACCUGGGAAUUCCAUUUCUCACUAGCUUUUCUGAGCUGCUUCGAGAACAUGAAUUGAACUCUCUCUUUUUUGAUGUUCAUACAACACUAAAGCGUCGACAAAACAAAACUAGAAGUCAAAGUGUGUUUAGAGCAGGGUCUUGCUAUACUAUCACCCUGGCAUCUUAUGAUCCUGAAAAAGUGUCUGCCUAUAAUGAUAACAGAAAUUUUUUGGAAAAACCACCAAUUGUACAGUCUGUUGGACAGCCCACAGAGUCUUCUGUGUGUAACCUAACAAAAGGACGUAAAGAAGGCUUAUUUGGUUUAAAAUACAUGUCAAUAUACAGAGCUCAGACUGACAAUCAAGGAGUCACUGUUGCACAAGCAAGCCAGACCUUUUCUAACCAUACUUCCUCUACCCUGCAAACUCAGGCAAUUCCUAAAUACAUUUACAAAACUCUUGAUGUUGUUGGUAUUGCUCCAGCAGAAGAACUGCCUAUAGAUUUGAUGGGAAAAUUGAGCAAUAUUUCAAAAUUGCUGGAGUGGAUGAUCAGAUGGUCUGACAAAAGACUGCCCUGUGGUUCCAAUAAACAAGAUUCCUUAGAAGAGACUCUCCCAGUGAUACAUUUGAAAACAUCAUCACCAGCUGUCCUUACAUCUUUUUGGUUGUUAGAACAGUUAUAUGGAGACAGAUCUCAAAUAAAGAGCAUAAAAUGUAAGCAUCCAGAUGAUCAAUAUCUGAAAGAAAUUGCAUCUCUAUCAGAAGCCCAGUCUAGAACAGAGGAAGAAACUAGUAUGGAUGAAGGCUCUUCCACAGUGGCCAAUUCUCCUCUCAAUGUCCAGAUUGUACAAAUAGAUGAUAAUAUUUCUGAAAGUGAUUUGGGAAUGUCUGCAAAGUCAAAAUAUUUCUGUAAGAAGAAAAAUAAUCAUGGAAAUAAUUCUGUGCCUCAUAUAACUGAAGAUCUGAAUGAAUUGGGAUCAUUUGUUCAGCAGGAGUUGGAUGUAACAUCAGAACAAGAGUUCUUUGAGGAGCCAUAUGAAACUUCAGAGAGCUCCAAUAGCUCUGUCAAGAUCAGACCUGAAGAACAUCAAAGAGAACAGGGUGCUAUCCCAUGGGACUCUAUGAAGCAGAUCCCUGAAGAAGCCAAAGUCUGCUCUCCUAAAGUGAAGGGUGCCAUUUCAGCUGUAGAUAGUGCUCAAGAUCCAAAUAUGGAAGAAACAAAGGAAGAAAAGGCUGAACAGAAUAUUGUAGAUACUAGAAGUGAUUCUCAGCCUUCUGAGACUGCUGUGUCUUCUGUGUCAAGUCUUGCCUCCCAUACUUCUGUUUGUGCAAAGAAGCAAGAAGUCAAGGCAGAAGUCCCUAGAGAAGAGAAACCAAGCACAUCAGAAACUGUCAGGCAGAUGCUGCAAGAUGAAAUGUUUAAAUUAGUUCAGCUCCAGCAGAUCAACUUCAUGAGUUUAAUGCAAAUAGUGCAGUCAUCCUUUACCAGUGUGCCAAAUGUGCAGCAAGUAUUACAGCAGCAUCAGUCGGUUCACCUGGCAGGGAGGCAGCCUGCACAUGCUGCUGAAAGCAAUGUUUCUCCAAAAACAGAGGUGUUCUCUCAAAAAGAAAAAGGAAAAACUGGUCAAGAGAACUCUGUUUUUCAUCCAAGGAAGAAUGUAGAAGAUGAAGGCAACAGUGGUCAAAUAAAAAAUCAUCUGGAUAUGAGUGCCUCUUUGACAUUAUUUGAAAGCAACAGCAAGGAAACAGAAUUAAUGUCACCAUCCCAAGAUUUGCAUUCUUCAGUGCCUGCUAAACCACUUCAUCUCCUAACUCCUUCCUCAGGCAUCCAGAAAAAAGUGAAGCUUAUUCCUAUUGAAAAAAAAAUUAGUUACUCAAAUGGAUUUCCUUUGCUUGAGCUUGAAUCAAAUUAUAAUGUUAAACCAUCAUUUUUACAUCUAACAGAAAUGUCAUCAGCAUUUUCCAGGCCACCUCCAGUACCACGAGUAGCUUGGAGUUCAUCAGAUUCCUUACAGAACCAUCAGUCAUCAUACACACCAAGAAAGAGUAAAGCAGAGGAAAAUUUCCACAGAAGUAGAUACAACCCUGAGACUUUAAGACAAAAGCAUGAAGAAGAAGAGAGAUGGGCAGAAACAGUGUGUAAGGUCCCUCCCAAACAUCUGAAUUCAGAUCAGUGUGAAGGACAGCCAGAAGAUUCACCUCAGCUGCAAUUUCCUGAAAAUGUGCAUGUGCUCAAAACACCAACCACUCAGAACGUGGCUGCCAUUCCACUGUUGCAUUUGCUUGACCCAGUACCUAGAGUUCCACCAGCUGUAAGGCAGCCAAUCACUACUACUUUAAUACCUGUUAAACCUGCAACAAAGGUUGCUGACACCAGAGGAACACAGUGGGGUGCAGGAAUAGCACUACUUCAGAUUAAUUUACCUCAGAAAAAGAAGGCAACAAACCUCAUCCCACCUCGAGAUCUCAUUGCAUUUGAGCAAGGACACAAGCAUCUUCUUGUGCCCAGUACUUCCUUUCAAAAAGACCAAGCCAAUCCUAUCCAGCUACUAAGAACUGACGUUGGACCAUUUGAACUUAAAGAUGUGCAGAGCAAAAGAAAAAGUAAAAAGAGGCGUAGUAAGAAACAACUGAAAGAGAAGGAGGAUAAGAAGAAACCAAGCGUGUCCUUCUGUCCAAACGACUCUGUCAUCAGUAUUAGUGACACAGCAGUGGCUACUGAAUCAGAGACUGGGGAUCACAAACCAAAUUCGACAUCUUAUGUUCAGGAUGGUUUUUUCAUGUCAAUGGAUGCAAUGGAUAAAGCAAGUAUUACCUCAGCAGAUCUACAUUAUUUGGCUUCUGUAGGAAAAAAACCAGCAGAAACUCAAGAUGCAAGUACUAAUACUAGCCCAGUGCUCAAAUCAUACCAGGAUUGUGGGAUCAGUGGUGGAAAUGAGGUUUCCAAAUUUCAAAAAAAUGAGCUGGUCACGUCUGUUCCUGCAUCAGAAUCAUCCAGUUCGUCUGAGAUACUACUGCCAGACAUGUAUUUAAACCAGAGUUUCCCCACUGAAGUCAGUGAGAAACCUUUACCAUCCCAUCUGUCAGAUGCACCUGAUUUGCAUAAACGGGAAUAUAUCAGUGUGACUGACAUUGAAGACAGUGACAUCCUUAGCAAUUUGCCCAUAAAACCUGAGUCUGCAGAAGAGAUAAUUGCUGCACAGCAGAAUGAGAAGCUUGAAAUUCCAUCUACUGCAAAACUUCAUCACAGAGCAGCUUCUGUUACUAAUGCAGUUCCACCUGGAGUACUUGAGAAGCAAGAUGAUCAUCAGAAGAAUGUGUCAAACAAAUUGCAAAAGAAAGAUAAGUCAGAUUCUGCUACAGAUAUUUUAACUUGGAACACAGCACAUGAACAUGGAGGAAUUCUUCCUUCUUCAGGACUUCAAUCCAAACUAAUUAAUAAAGAGUACUUUUCCACAAAGCAGAAGGAAAUGGAUAUGCAAUUACAGAAACUAGAGAUCGUAGCAGAAAAUAUGGAUCAAGAUUUCAGAAAUUUCGAAAUGUUAGUGAAGCUGAUAGAUUCUGAAAUGGAUGCUGAUUCAGACCUUGGUGCUCAUCCUGCAGUGUCUGAAGCUACUGGAGUCACUGGUGCUGAAUCAGAACAUCAUUUGUCAGGCAUGAUUUUUGAAGAUGUUACAGAUGACCAAAAGGAAAGCUUCAACUUGAAAUAUCCUGUGCCCAGUUCUACUACAGUGGAUGCACACUCUCCUGCCUCUGCAGCCUUGGCUUCUAAGUCUCCCAGUGGCCUGAAAUCACCUUCUGCUUCUUCUGAAUACCUGGAUUCCUCAAGUUCUCACAUAUGCAGAGAUAUAUGUCUUGGCUCUUUAGAAGAUCCCCUGCAAAUUACUGGUCCGAGUGAUGUUACUGAUGUGGUGAAUGAUUGUGUGGUGGAAGGUGACACCUCUUUGCUGGAGCUUGGCUUUGCAAGAACGCAGGCUAAGAAAACCUUUAGAGUUCUUGAUUCUGCUUCUGGGCAUUCUCAAAGAACAGAAAAGGAAAGGAAAGAGAUACAAACAUGGAUGAAAAGAAAGCAAAAGGAAAGAAUGAGAGAAUAUUUGAAGAAACUGGAUGAACAAAGACAGAAAGAACAUCAUCCAUUUAACCUGAGAAAAAAUGUGCAUCAUAAUCCUACUUCAAAGGAUAUUAGAGUCUUCCAGAAGAAGAAAGAAGAAAAAGACAAAGCCAUGUUGUUAGAGCAUUACAGAAUCAGAGUAUCACAGGCACUUUCUCUGGUGAAUGAAAUGUCGUCUGAAACAGUGGCAUCACGAGCAAGUGAUCACAGGACAUUGUCCAGCACAAGAUCAGCUCAAGCUUACAGAAGGAGGAAGGUGGCACCUAGUGCAGGAGGGCAUUUGAACAGUCUUGUUCUGGCAGAAAGGAGCAGAAGUGCUGCCAAACCUGGUUUUGGUCAAAAAGUACAACAUUUCACCCCAGCUCUUGGUUUUACAGAGUCCAGAGGAAAUGCCUGUAUGCUCCUUCAGAAAAGUACCUCCAGAAGAAGACUGAGAAAUGCUACAAACUGUCCUGUUACGUUUAGACACUCUGCUGAGUGCAGAGUCAGCAGAAGCUCAACACAAAAGCCUCCUCAGGUUGCCACUGCAGUUCAGACAGAAGAUGUUGAUCCUGACGCUGAUCGAGAUGUGGUGAGUCCAUGGACUGUGCCUGAUGAUAUCCAAAGAAUACUUCAAGAUACUCAUGACUCCAUGUUCCAGACCUCUUCAGUGCACAGCAUGAUUUUCUCUCCUCUCGGCAGUAUCAACACCAGCAAUGGUUCUGAAAGCACAGGGAGCAUCCUCAGCAAGCUGGACUGGAAUGAAUGCAGUUGAGGCUAUGAUAGCAGAUGUGGAGGACAAGUAAACAGUUCACAAAGUUUCCAAAUAGUUGCUGGUGUUUGGGUUUUGUGUUUUAAAAUUAGUAAUUGUUCUACUUAAAAUGGAUUGAGGCUUGUAUUGGUUUCCUUCUUAAGCAGCGUGGAAAUUCUCACUGUUACCAGCCUAGCCUAGAUGAAACUGAAUUCCUUAAAAUGUACUUUUCCUUCCAUAUGUUUUCAGGUCAAGAAGAACUAAAUAUAGUUGGUAAAGGCCAACCCAUAGUCUUAAACAGAUCUGGGUCAGCUUCUUUACAUAGAAAUAUAAAUAAAACACUAAAAAAUGUUAUUUUAAGAGUAGUGUACAACUGUUUUACUUUUGCAUUUAAUAUUCAACAUUAUUAUGAAGUUAUUUUUGUAACAUAAGGGUUGUGAUAAACAGGUUUAAUAAAAGUGAUUUUAUUUGUUUCUGCUGUAAAUGAUUUACACAUGCA